AUAUUUUUGUGGGAUGACUUACCAGGGAUUUUAAAAUCUGUUCUUCCCCAACAUUACACUUAUCAAAUACAAAAUUUAACUGAUUUACCACUGCAUCGAACACUGGAAGAUUUUGAAGUUGCAAAUUUUGAACUAGACACAUUUGUGAAUAUUGAUAGUGAGGAAGUAACAAAUUUGAUGGCACGUGUGCACAAAAAGGUUAUUCAGGCUGGCGAAAUUUGUUACAUGGAUGCGUCAGCAUUAUUCAAUUCUCUAAACACUUCAAUCACUAUUUUCUAUACUAGUUGUGCGGUUGGGGCCCUCCCUCUGGGUUUAUUUAUUACCUCUGAUGAAUCAGAGAAAGUAGGGCCAAUUGUUUUUCUCACCGACGAUUCAAGCGUGGAAUGUAACGCUUUGGAACUUUGUUAG